CAUACUCCACUUCUAUCUUCUUCUUCACAUAUCUCCAGUUCUUGACUUCAACAGUUCUGUUUAGCCCGCAAUCACCAACGCCCUGUGACAUUUCAACAACCCUUUCAUGGUUUCGUUUACCUUUCCGGCUCCUGAAUUAGCAAAAUCUCAGGCUAUGGUGUUUCUGGUUCCGUAUUAAUUUGGAGCAGUUUAUAUGCGUUAUGUUGUAAUCUAUAACCGAUUUUCUUUAAUCUGUACCUCCUCGUUGUUUUGCUGGGAAACUUGAUGAAGAUGGUUAUGAAUUGCCAACCUCUUAGUGUCGUCCUUACCGGUGUUUCUCUUUGGAUAUUAAUGCUUAGUUUGAGCUACGGUACCGAGACUGACAUUUAUUGCCUGAGAAGAGUAAAGGAUUCACUUGAAGAUCCUUAUGGUUACUUGAACUCUUCAUGGGAUUUCAGCAACAAUACUGAAGGAUUCAUCUGCAAAUUUACGGGGAUCGAGUGUUGGCACCCGGACGAGAACAGGGUUUUAAAUAUUCGGCUUUCGGAUAUGGGACUAAAGGGCCAGUUUCCUCGUGGUCUUGAGAAUUGCUCGAGUUUAACGGGCUUAGAUCUUUCAAACAACAAACUGUUUGGAAAUAUCCCCCAAGAUAUCUCCACAAUUCUUAAGUUUGUGACAACUCUUGAUCUCUCAUCUAACAAUUUCUCGGGGCAGAUCCCAGUGAGCCUUUCGAAUUGUUCUUAUUUGAAUGUCCUUAAACUCGAUCAUAACAGGUUGUCAGGUCAGAUUCCUGCGGAACUGGGUCUGCUUGGUAGGAUUAGAACAUUCAGUGUGGCGAACAAUCUUUUGACAGGGCCAGUCCCAAGGUUUAGCAAUGCUUCAAAUAUUACAGCAGACAGUUAUGCAAAUAAUCCAGGACUGUGUGGGGCUCCUUUGGAAGCUUGCCAGCCAGCUUCAAAAUAGUCUCACAUUGCAUGAGUCAAAAUUGUUUAAAAUAAAUGUUUGAGACUUGAAAGUAUAGGAACCUCAAUCCUUUUGUGUCUGCUUUUAUUUGAUACGUGGUGGCUGUAUGUUUGUGUUUUGUUUCUAGUCUGCACUCCAUAUGUCUCCCAUAAAAUGUCCAUGACAACAGUAUUUUCUAUAUUGUAAAUGGUCGAUUGAACAAAUGGAAUGUAAUUUUGGAUUGCAUAAGAA